ACGGCAGCGCUAAUAUGUGCAACGCUUGCGGAGGGAUACGUGAAGAUCGAUAUCAAAGCAAUACAGCGCGGUUCUGAAAUAAGGCGAAAACGCGGUUUUAAAGUACCAAACGCUUCAAAAUAAACCGAUAAAUAAAUCCAGUGUUAACGUAGGCGCUAUAAGUUUGAAAAGAAGCCACUAAGCGACUCAACAGGUCGAGCACUCGUCUAGACAGUAGGGCGGGAGUGAGUAACAUACGCAACAACAACCGGUACACCUUCCGUCUUCCUCCACAGCGGUCUCCAUUUUAACUCCUCGCCCAGCCUGCACCUCACGUGUCCUGGACUGUCUUUCUCACAUGACCCGUGUGUUUGUCCCCGUGAUCAGCGCUUCCAUCUCCAGUAUUUCAAGUGUCGCUGAAUAUCGCAUUUUUAAAUCCGCUCGCCUUCAUGGAUAUGCUCGAUCAGCGCUUGGACACCUCGACGAGUCACGACAAACAGGAAACUGAGGAGGUUGUUCAGCUGCAGGAGGGAGAGGUGGUGGGGGUGGAGGAGCAGGCAGCGGUUACCAUAGCAAGUGUCCAGCAAGCAGCAGCUUUUGGGGACCACAAUGUUCAAUAUCAGUUCCGGACAGAGAACACUGGUGGACAGGUGACGUAUCGCGUGGUCCAGGUAACAGAGGACCAUUUGGACGCAGCAGGAGAUGGAGGAGCGGCAGUCAGUGUAGUGUCCACAGCUGCCUUUGCGGGCGCACAGCAAGCGGUAGCACAGGCUGUCAUCCAGAACCCAUUCAGUAAUGGAGGCAGUCCAGUGGGGGAAACAGUGGGGGGGGAGACACGCUUCGCCUACUUCCCAGCAGCAACUGUCAGUGACGGUACAGCUGUCUCAGUGCAGGCCACGUCUGAUCCGACCCUCACACAGGCUGGAGGUCAGUUUUACGUGAUGAUGAGUCCACCAGAUGUUUUACAGACUGGAACACCACGGACCAUCGCCCCUCGUACACACACAUACUCUACAGACCUUGGUGAACGUGAGACUCUUCAAUACAGCAGAUCAGACUGGAAGAUUGAUGGCCCCCGGGCGCCCCGUGAUGAGAGAAGGAGAGCACAGCACAAUGAAGUGGAAAGGAGAAGAAGAGACAAAAUCAACAACUGGAUUGUCACGCUGUCUAAAAUUAUCCCAGACUGCAAUAUGGACAGUACUAAAACAGGAGCAAGUAAAGGAGGAAUCCUGUCUAAAGCAUGCGACUACAUUAGAGAACUCCGACAGACUAACCAGAGGCUGCAGGAGAGCUACAAGGAGGUGGAGAGAAUACAAGUGGACAAUGAGCUACUAAGACAACAGGUAUUUUUGUUGGUGGGAGUUAUGUAG